CGCGUCUCUAUGAGGCCCAUAUUCCAUCGCCAUUACCGACCUUUCAAUCCCUUCAUAUUUCUUCAUUUCCAUCUUUCUCUCUCAUCCUCUCAAGAAAAACCCAACUCCUAACCCAAAUCUUCUCGUUCUUAUCAUCUUUCCUUUGAAUCUCUCCGGGGAUUUUUUUUUUUUUUUUCGUUUUCGUUUUCGUUUGAGGAUCCGAUCGGAAGCUAUGGCACAGAGAACCGAGAAGGAGGAGACGGAGUUCAAAGUACCGGAGACGAUCACGCUCUGCGUCAACAACUGCGGCCUUACAGGGAAUCCAGCGACGAACAAUAUGUGUCAGAAGUGUUUUAAUGCUACGACGACGACCGCAUCUAUGGCGAUGAAGUUUUCCGGUGAGAAAAGUCCGAGAUCUACUAUUUCUCGCUCGCCUGAGAAAUUUCGGUUCGUUUCAGAAUCUAGGAGGAUUAUAACGGCGGCUGAUCGUCCGAAGCCUGAUGAAUCGGCGAAACGAGAGGUGAAUCGUUGUUCUGGAUGUAGAAAACGCGUUGGAUUGACUGGAUUUAGAUGCCGAUGUGGUGAUUUGUUCUGUGCGGAGCAUCGGUAUUCAGAUCGUCAUGAUUGUAGCUUCGAUUAUAAAGCGGCUGGUCGUGAGGCGAUCGCGAGGGAGAAUCCGGUGGUGAAAGCGGCGAAGAUCGUUAGAGUUUAAAUUCGUAGAUCGAUUGAUUACUAAGAAAAAAAAAAAAGAGCGAGAGAAAAAAGAAUCUGAUGAUGAUUGAAAUUUGUGCAAAAGAAAAAGAAAAAAAACCUUGGGCUGAUUGUUAAAAAUUUUCUUUGGAGUAUUGAAGGAUUAAUUCCUCGAAAUAUCCUCUCGAUCGAGAACGAGAAAAAAAAAUCGUUGAUGAAGAUGAUGAUGGUUGUGUUUUCUGAGAUAAUUAUGUUCUUAUCUUAAUUUCAAUUUCAAUUUAUUAUUACUAUUAUUUAUUUUAUUUUAUUUUUUUUGGUUUGAUCGAAAUGGAAAAGAGAAGAUUAUUGAUUA